UUCUUUAAAAUUAGCAAACAUUUUUCAAAAACUUUUUUGCUUUGUCAUUAUGGGAUAUUUUGUAUAGAUUGAUGAGGGGGGGAAAACAAUUGAAUCAAUUUUAGAAUUAGGCUAUAAUUUAACAAAAUCUGGAGAAAAAAAGUCAAGGGGUCUGAAUACUUUAUGAAUGCACUGUAAGGUUAACAAUUACAUUUUAAUACUCAAGCACUGGUUUGAAAAGAAAACACAUAGGAUAAUGACGAUGAUACUAAAUGUAGGUUCCAUGGCAUGGAGAAGGUUAUAAAGACAUGUAUUACUGAAUUCCAGCGAUUUAAAUGUAUCAAAAGGAGGUGGUCGUUGGAGAGUGUGUGUACUCUUGUCAGGCUUCAUCUUGAGUUUCUUGUGGGAGAGACUCUUGGCGCUACACAACGGACAGAUAGGAGCGUUAUGAUGGAUCUGUUGGUGGCAUGGCAGACAGGCAUAGGAUACAUUUACAUUUUUGUAACUUAGCAGACGCUCUGCAAUAAGUGCAUUCAUUUGAAGAUAGCUAGUUGAGGCAACUACUUCAGUCUUAAGUAUACUUUUCCUGAAUAAAGUAGUUAUCAGAAAGUCAGUGUCGUAGGAAAAUACACGCGCGGGUUAUAUAGUUUUUACAAAUAAUGGAGUAAUGUGACAUAUAAGCGAACAAAUGAAAGUGUAGUUUAAAGUAUCGUUAUUUUUUCUUUUUAGAUCCUUUUCAUGAUCUAAUCCCACUCCGGUACGAUAGGUGGCGGUAAGGAAUCACUGUUGACAGCGCUGAACUCGCUAGAAAUAAAUGGUUCUGUUGUGGUUAUUCUAUUCGUGUGUAAACAAUUGAGUUGCUAGCAGUCUUUAUAAUCUCUUAGCUGGCUAAUUAUUCACACAGUUUGUAGAUACACAAUUGGAACAACAUUUGUAUUUCUUGCACGUUUAAGGUUAGAUUUGUAUUUGCACGUCGUAGUUUGUGUUGCACUUUACUACAACGAUAUUCGUUUCAGCUUGCUAGCUUUUUGUUCUGCAGCAGUACGGCUUUGAAGCCCGUUUAGCUACUAUAGAUAGUUAACGUCAACCCGAUUCUCGUCAUCUCUUCUGAUUACGUGAUUGUUGUCCGUCAAUAGAUCAGAAAAUCCUGAAAAUAAUAUAUCAUAGUGGCCACUUUUCUUUGAUAUUAGUUCGGUUUGGUCAACCUUUGAAAACUUACGUUAGCCAUUCUUGUCUGCUUCACAGUCAGCGGUUGCCGGUUUUGAGCCCAUUAUGGACCUUCACAAGAUAAUCCACGAUACCCUGCAGGAGUUCAUUCAGACAUGCAUUCCAGAAGCAGACCUGAGUUCCCUGGAUGAUGUGUUGCUUCCCUACAUCACUGGAGUCCUGGAGGAUCUGGGAUCUCAGGAGAGCGUGGAGGAGAACUUUGACGUGGAGGUCUUUGUAGAAAUGCUGGAGGCCUACAUUCCUGGCUUUGCUGAAAUUGACAGUGUUAACGUUUGUGAUAUGAUGUUCAGCCUGGCUUCAAAACUAGCCACAGCCCGGAGUUCAGAAAAUAGUGUGCCAAAGGCUAGAAUGGAGGUCCCACUGACAGUCAGCGCUACCUCCACUGGGCCUCCUGUGAGGGAGAUGCACUGCCUUACUACACAGACUGAGGGAGCCACCGCCAAGGUGCCAUUCCCUGAGUGGGAGGCCCAGGAGCCGCUCCUUCUGGAGAUGUUCCCCAAGUGCAGACUAUCAGAGGCCAGGAGUGCGUUGUCCAUUGCUAAAGGUGACAUGGAGGAGGCUGUCCGCCUCAUCAUCGAAGGAGACAUCCAGCUCAGCCACACACCUCUAAACGUAAACCAUGGGAAGAUGGGUUCCCCUCAGGCAGAGCAGAAGAUGAAAGAGAGCAUCCUGGAGAAGUACAUGCUAGUGGACAGGGAGGAGGAUAAGAAAACACACAGGCCUGUUGCACCUAAAGAUGCCCCUAAGAAACUGGUGCGUUACCACAGCAACCAGGUGGUGACCACAAAAGGGGAGCGGUACCAACUGGUGAAGAAAGAGGAGACGGAGGAGGUGAAGAAGACUUACGUCAGCAUCAAACCCGCACGCAAAUACAGAUUCCAUUGAUGACUGACUGGCAUUCUUCUGGAACACCAGCCAUUGACUUUGUUGUUUACAUCCUUUCUGAAUGCCUUGUUUUUUUUGUUUGCCUGGUUAUGGAAAAUGUUUGUUUUUGGUAUGUGUAAGUGUCUGAUUUGAAAAGUGUGUGGCCAUCGUCUUGCUUCGAAUAUAAUUUCUCCUUUGCAGUGAUUCUCUGGCAUCAUUGUUUUGUUCUCUAGGUGGGUCAUGAUGUGCUCUUGUAGUGGGCUGGCCAUGUGUAUAAGACUUGAAGAACUGCUACAUUUGAUUCUCUUAUGUCCAAACUGUGUACUUUUUUUUCUCCAUUUCAGCAGGUCUGACAUGGUACAGAUUUUUUGGGGUCAGAUAUAAUUGUUAUUGGUAUUUUUCCUGCCAGGGAGACUUAGCGAUUUGGGGCCUGUUUCAAAACACUAUUUUCAGUACUCUAUCGCAAUACCUUAUUCCUCAUAUAAGGGUAAGUUUAGUCCAUUGAGCCUGUGCACCCAUUUUUUUAAUAAAAUAAAAAUAUCA